AAAAAUGAUGAAACGAGUGAUCAAUGGAGGUGGAAGAAACGAUCAAUAUUCUUCGAUUUACCGUACUGGAAGGAUUUGCCGGUGCGUCACAACAUCGACGUCAUGCACGUGGAAAAGAACUUGUCUGAUGCAUUAUUAUCAACGCUGAUGCAGAGUGCUAAGUCAAAAGAUGGCCUCAAAGCGAGACAGGACUUAGAAGAUAUUGGAAUCCGGAAAAACUUGCACACACAGGUACGGGGAAAGAGAUUCUACUUGCCUCCAGCAACUUAUUGGCUCAGUAAGGAAGAGAAAAAGAUAUUUUGUCAAAGGUUGUCUGCGUUUAGAGGCCCUGACGGCUACUGCGGGUUGCUUCCAAGAGGACCAAGAGUGGCAGUAACUCGAGUAUGUAACUACUUCAACAGAUUGUGUCAGCGUGCUAUUGACGCGGAGAAGCUGAUAACUUUGGAAAAUGAGUUUGUGGAGACAAUGUGCCAACUCGAGCGGUUCUUUCCUCCAUCGCUCUUCGAUAUCAUGUUCCACCUUCCUUUACACCUAGCAAGAGAGGCACGUUUGGGAGGUCCUGUGCACUUUCGUUGGAUGUAUCCGUUUGAGAGAUACAUGAAAACACUCAAGGCAUAUGUAAAGAAUUUUGCUAGGCCAGAAGCAUGUAUGGCUGAGGGGUACUUAGCUGGAGAAUGCAUAGCCUUUUGUUUAGAGUUCCUAAAGAAUUCUGUACCCGUUGAAGAAGUACUUAACCGUAAUGAGAUAUUCAGUCUGAUGGAAUGGUUCUUGAAGGUCGACCACUGCAAAAGGGAACAGAGCUUAUUCUUUCAGAGAAAGAUAGAGACAUAGCACAUCGAUAUGUUUUGAUGAAUAUGGCUAUUAUGGAUCCCUAUGUUGAGAAGCACUUACAAGAACUGCAAGAUAAUGAUGUUCGAUUAGCAACAAAUGAAACUUUGUUAUGGAAGCAUCACACCCAACAAUUUGCUGAAUGGGUGAAGAAUAAGAUACCUUCUAACUCAAAGGAGCAUUCUACGAAGCUGAGGUGGUUGGCCUUUGGACCAAGGUUUACUGCUCAUACCAAUAAAGGUUUUGUCAUUAACGGGAACCGAUUUCACAUACAAUCCGUUAAGCGAAAGACUCAGAAUAGUGGAGUCACUUACGAAGCUUUCAGCAUGUGUAGAUCUUCUGCAAGAGAUACAAGACAUACAGCCGAUAUGGUCACAUAUUAUGGAGUGAUAACAGAGAUCAUUCUUCUCGAUUACCACAUGUUCAGCGUUCCUUUAUUCAAGUGUAAUUGGGCGAACAGAGGCUACGGUGUUAAGGAAGAAGAUGGUUUCACCCUUGUCAAUCUUCAUGUCAACCAAACGCCAUAUUUACAAGAUCCAUACAUUCUACCAUCACAAGCAAAACAGGUAUUUUACUCUAGAGAAGAUGAAGAAUCGCCUUGGUAUGUUGUUAUGAGAGCACCACCGAGAGGAUAUCAUGAACUCGAGACAGAGGAAGACGUUGUCGGAGCACCAUUACUCGCACAGGAAUUUGAUGAUACAGAGCAAUUGUCUGAUGAUGAAAGUUUUUGUGUUAGAGAUGAUUGUGAUGGAAUUAUAGUUGCUGAUUGAUUUUUUUUGCAUGGAAAAUUUGUGAGAAUUGAAUAUAUUUUUUAUUUUCGAAUAUUUUAAUUUUCUUCGAAUUUUAAUUAGAAUUAAUUUUUAUUUUACA